AUGGUAAAUAGGAAUCAGAAUGCCGAUGAUAUCAUACGGCAAGUUCGAUAUGAUGAUGUGGCAGUAAAUAAUAAUCUAGCCGCUAUAGUCGAGAGGAUUAUGGUUAGAAAUGGGGUGAAUUUUGGUCUCAGAAGACCUAAUUAUACGUCGCCUUUGGAAGAAUAUGUCUUACAGACAGAUGCGCCCCUGAGGACCAAAAUCCCCAAAUUUUUCACCAAGUUUGCUGGGGAUACUACUGAGUCUACUAUUGAACAUGUGGAGAGAUACCUAAUUGAAGUUGAAGAUAUGUCAAAUAAUGAGAAUCUUCAGAUGAAAUUUUUUCCAAGUUCUCUUACCAAGAAUGCUUUUACAUGGUUCACAACUUUGCCCCAGAAUUCGAUCCAUUCAUGGAACCAACUCGAAAAAAUGUUCCAUGAACAGUUCUACAUGGGGAAAACAAAGAUAAGUUUGAAAGAGUUGGCUAGUGUCAGACGAAAAUUCACUGAGCCAAUUGACGACUACCUGAAUAGAUUUCGACUACUCAAAGCCAGGUGUUUUAUGUAA